GACUGGAGGUAGCGGUCCCUCAUAUCGGGGCUCUCCACUUACAUUAUUCAUACGGAGGAGGGUGUGACUUGUUGGCUCUUUUUUCCGCCUGUAUAAAACGAGAAGUUCGCGUAAAAGAAAAUACAGAUGGAGACGGCUAGCCGGCUCGCUGUGUCACAGAGAGUCCCCUUAAGCCUACGUGACAACUCACAUACUGUCCCUUUGUGACCAGCUUAAUCGGCAGAAUGCCCGGUCUCUGUGUGCUUUGUCUGGCCGCCGCGCUGGCUGCGUUCACCCGGCUCGCCGGCACCGUGGGGCCGGUGGUCCGAUGCGAGCCGUGCGAUGCCGGGGCUCUGCUUCAGUGCAAGCCACUGCCGAAGGACUGCGCGGAACGGGUGAGGGAGCCCGGCUGCGGCUGCUGCAUGACGUGCGCCCUCGGUGAGGGACAGGCGUGUGGAGUGUACACUGCGCGCUGUGGCUCCGGCUUGACCUGCCAGCACCAGCCGGGGGAGAGCCGUCCCCUGCAAGCUCUGCUGGAGGGACGGGGAAUGUGCUCCAGUGCUGCAUCCAAAAAGCUCAACAGCAUUCUCAUACCAGCUCAAAAACAGGAGAAUGCUGGGAAUCAGGUAGAAGAGGGCUGUGCCAAUGGAACCACAACGGCCACCGUACUGCCCGGCGUGGGGACAGUGAAGGGCGGACACAGUAGAGGGUCGAUGGAUACCAGGCCUCAGCUGCACAACAAACUGAUCCAGAAGGAUCAGAACAAGAAGAGUCAGAGCCACAAGGUGGAAUCUGUGUCAGGAGGAGCCAACAUGGACAUCCACAACUUCUCCCUGGAGAGCAAGAGGGAGACUGAGUAUGGGCCGUGUCGGCGAGAGAUGGAGAGCAUCCUGAGCAGCCUUAAAAUCAGCAACGUGCUCAACCCGAGAGGCUUCCGCAUACCCAACUGUGACAGAAAGGGCUUCUACAAGAAAAAACAGUGCCGUCCAUCCAAAGGAAGGAGGCGGGGCUACUGCUGGUGCGUGGACAAAUACGGGCAGCCUCUCCCCGGGUACGACGGCAGGGAGCGGGGCGAGACGCAGUGCUACAACCUGGAGAGCAAAUGAGAGGACAGAGGGAAGACGUGGGGGAGGGUGGGAGAGAAAGAGAGAGGAUGAAAAAGAGUCUACUUUGCUCUUGCAUGUAGUUUUGUGUAAACAUUUGAAGGGGCUCUGGACCUUUGAUUUCAGGUCCCAUAUCUGUCAGAGAGUUAGAGAGAGAACAAGGGGGAGGGAAGGGAAAGGGAGGGGAGGGAGUGGAGGACGGCCUCAUCGACAGGGCGAGCCUCCUGUCCAUCACAGCUAUCUGUCCCAUGCUUAGGGAACCUCUAUCCUUUCUUUAAAAUUCAAACAAAUAAGCUGAAAGUUGAGAGAGAAGGAGAAGAAAGAGAGAAUCCUACCAUCUGCACUAUUCUUUUAGAGAGAGAGGAAGGAGGGACUUUUCCACUCACUUUAAAGAGGAUUUGUUUGUGACUGUGACCUGAAAAAAAUGCACCACCACCGUUUCUAUUUUGUGCGUCUGUCUGUGAGUCUGUGUGUGUGUGUGUCUUAAUGUGUGAGCACCUGCAUAACAUACGUGUGCACAGCUGCAUGUCUGUGCAAGAUGGCAUGCAAGAUGGUGUGCGCUUUCCCAAAAGUGUUUAUUUGUGUAAAUACUGUGUGUCACUAAGCUCAGUGUAGAGAUGUCUGACUCCCCCUCCCCAGCCCUGCCCCAUUAAACAAUGCAGAAAAAUAAACACUCACUGGCUCAGGGUCCAUUUUGAAGUGAAGGAUUAUGGGAUAGCAGGGCUUUGACUUCUUAUCCAGGGCCAUCCUCGCUGCCUCUCUUGCCCUGUUAUUGGGGAGGGAGUGGAGGCAAACCGUGCAGUUACAGUGCCUUAAAAACAGAUUUGUCCAUGCCUCCCCUUCACCCUGAAAAUCUACCUUUCCUCGUAUCAAAUACUCGUCCACAGUAAGCUUGAAAUGUGGCACCUUUGAUGAAACAGCAGUUACAAUUAGAUUGGAUUCACAACAGCUUCCCAAGAUUUAAUGGGGGCAGUAAGGACAACAACAUCUGAAACAACUGCUCCAGCAUAAUUCACUUCACUGUCGACAUAUAUGCUUUUUAUUUCUUCAUAUGCAAAGAGUGUGAAGUGGAAGCUUUGUCUUUAUCUAUCAUCUUCCCAAAACAUAACUGAAUCAAUAGUGGAUCAGGAAACCUGUGCCAAAAGGAUUGCUUGCUCUAAACCCUCUGAACUGCAGACUACAGUGAUUAUAUUUUCCAUUACUCUUGUUUUGAGCUCAUUUAAAGAUACUUACCCAGUUGGUACUUGAGCUAGUCACGUUUUUGUGCAAGAGCCAGAAAAAUACCGACUAAUUUAAAAAAGAUUGAUCCAUCUUUGAUACCUGCUGCUUCAUGAUCAACAGACAGGAACAAUCUGAUAACUGUGCCUGGCGUCUGCUACAGAAGGCCACUCCUUAGUAACUGCUGUGAGCAAUUGUAAGAUAGUACAUUAAUGAAGAGACCAGGGUAUGGCUAAGGAGCUGAUGGAGAUGUUGAGGAGUGAAAGUUUAAAUACAGACUUAAACUGGAUCACAGAGUCUGUGACCAAUAUCAAAUUGGUUUACAUAGUGUGUAUAACACUAGCAGAGCUAGCACCACCGUCCUUUAGUUCUCCCUACAGGUUAACAUCGACAUGCCUGUGCUUGUUACGCAUUGUAGGCUGUGUCAAGUUAACCAGAUGUAGCCUACAUACAACUUCAUCUCAGUUUUCCAGAUCAAAAUACUGACAAACAUUUCUGCACUAAGAGAUGCCAUUGGUCAUCUAUGACUGCCUGCAUCUGUGUAGAGGAGCAUUAUAGCAUUAUGGCAUUUGCCAGUAAUUGGUGCUACAGCCCUGGCCAGUGGCAGGUUGCUGCACUACACUAGCCUGAUUGAAAUCUAUCCGGAGGAGAGAGGGACCAGACACAUCUACCAGAGAAAAUAAAACAAGAGUCUGUAGAUAUGUCUUGACUCUAGAGUGUGCAUGCUGAACAUACAAAGCAUACAAGCAAACUGCAAAGAGGUGGAUUAUGCUACAUAAGUGGUUUGGGAGUAUUCAUGGAUAUUUUGAUCCCUCACAGCGACUCUGGCUAUCUAUGGCUAACUGUUACAUACAGUAAAUACACUGUAGCUGUUGUGUAUCCAAGCUAAUCAGCUGCUGCUCUCAGGAGGCGAAUGAUCAAUGCAGAAAAACUAGAUAUUUGGGGUGCUAACAUGCUAUGUUAAGUGUUAUGUUAAUGGUCAGUCGCCCUUUGUGUCUUUCCGACUUCCUAAUGUCCUCAUCAAUGUCCCCAUCCCUCUUCAGCUCUAGCCUGCUCUCUUGUCCUCAUCCCUGACCUCGUCCCCUUUAUUUUUUCCUGCUGUCUUGAUUUUGAGUUUCUCCAACCCUCCGUGUCUUUUCCCUGCUGUCUAUCACUCUGUCCUUGUCUGCGUGCCUGAUCCCAUUCACAUCUCCCACCUCACUAACAAGAGCUGUUGUCCUUCGCCCCAGCUCCCUGCCCUCCUCUGGUCCUCUUCCUGUCAGGGGUGCAUCCUGGUGUAGUCUUGUUUGAACGGGGUGGUACAGCCCGGUGUGACCGGCCGCAGGUGCCAGCUGCCCCUAUUGCUUCAAGCACAAGCACUUAAAGCACUUUAGCUGCGCCGCUACUCGUCAAUGCAUGCAGUUAAAGACAAUUGGACCUAUCUGCAUCUGCAUACCUUUCCUCAGAGGUAACGCCAGAUGAAACAGUGUGAUACUGUAAGAAAACAAUAAUAACCCUGUGAGGAGAGAAAAGAGAAAGAGAGAAAAAGCUACACCAGGACUUCUGACAGCAAAGCAAGCGAACACCCCGCAGAAAUUUUCCAUUCAAUGCAACUAUUUUCUUUUUUUUUGUUGUUGUUGUUUUUGUUUCUUUGAAAAUGCUUGUAUGAUCGUAUGCCAACAAAUCUCCACAAGGUGGACACAGCACCAAAUAUGCAUUCACACAAGUGGUAGGGGGUCUGAGGGAGGAGACAGCUUCCUGCCCCGAUGCUCUCCCACAUCCUGUGUAAAGACUUGAACAGUGGAGAGAGUGCCGACUAAGAAUGCUUGCCCAGUAGCUUGGUAGCAUGAAAUCGGCAGUAUACUUCCUUUGAUAGACAGCAGCAACUUACAACCAGCCUGUUGGUGCUAAACCCCAUCUAUUCAAAGACUUGAUGUAAAGGGAGGAACAUACAUACAAAUAUGUUUAAGCUAUUCCCUCCUGAAUAUUUGUAAGUGUGUCUUUAUAUAUAUAUAUUUUAUUAUUAUCAUUAUCAUUAUCAUUAUCAUUAUCAUUAUUAUUAUUAUUAUUAUUAUUAUUAUUAUUAUUAUUAUUAUUAUUUCCUGGCCAGCUAUGUGUCUGACUAGACAUCAUGUACAGUACAUAAAAAUGAAAAUUAUUUAUCUAAGAAAGAAAUAUAAGCUGAUCCAAACUAGGUUUUCUUAUGAACAAUUCAGUGACUCACCGAUUGCACAGCAAAGUCUCUAUGAUUCAGUGUAUUUUGGGGAAUAUAAUCACUAAUGAAUGUUUUAUUUUUUAAUGAAUCUGUUGCUCAGCAGUGUCAUUUUGAAGCUCAGCACCCUGCAGGCCACUUUCAGCCUCAGGGGCAAAAAAAAUCUGUGUCAGUCAGUCACUCAGGUCUCUGGUCAUUUUAGUUUACUGCUUCACAGGAACAGUGAACCUCUCACCUCUCAGACCGUCACGUUCACUCUCCAUGCACACCGCGCCAUCCCGCCUCAGUCUGUCAGUGCAGAGCCACAGUCACACUUCUGUAAUGUCACUUUGAUAUUUUUUCCCUGCUGGUCACGUUAAGAAUCUCUCUGUUCACGGGUAAAAUGUAUUUUGUUUUCCUUCUCAAGUUUAUCCUUCAAAGAGAUUUUUGAUUCAUGAUACUAAACUAGGAAUCACACAGCUAUUAUUUUCUCUGAGAAAGGAAAUGAUUUUGAUUCAAAGUAUAAUUUGUAUUUAAUGUCUUUUUUAAAUAAAGUGAACACAUUUUAAA